AUGGUUACUAUAAUCAGCACCAUGGAAACCCAGGUGUCCAACGGUCCAAGCGGAACCAGUCUGCCAAACGGUCCAGUCAUCAGCACCAACGGCUCCACAGACGACAGUAAAACCAACCUGAUCGUCAACUACCUGCCUCAGAACAUGACCCAGGAAGAGUUCAAAAGUUUGUUUGGUAGCAUUGGAGAGAUUGAGUCCUGCAAGCUAGUUAGAGACAAGAUAACAGGUCAGAGUUUGGGAUAUGGUUUUGUAAACUAUGUGGAUCCAAAUGAUGCAGACAAGGCCAUCAACACACUCAAUGGUCUCAAACUACAGACUAAAACAAUCAAGGUAUCAUAUGCCCGGCCAAGCUCGGCUUCUAUCCGUGAUGCCAAUCUUUAUGUUAGUGGACUCCCCAAGACCAUGAGCCAGAAAGACAUGGAACAGCUGUUCUCCCAAUACGGUCGCAUCAUCACAUCCCGCAUACUAGUGGACCAAGUUACAGCAGGCAUAUCACGAGGAGUGGGUUUCAUCCGGUUUGACAAGCGAAAUGAAGCAGAGGAGGCCAUCAAAGGUCUGAACGGACAGAAGCCUUUGGGUGCCGCUGAGCCCAUCACUGUCAAGUUCGCCAACAACCCCAGCCAGAAGACAGGCCAGGCCUUACUGACUCAGCUGUACCAGACUGCUGCCCGCCGCUACACGGGGCCCCUGCACCACCAGACUCAGCGUUUCAGCGUGAUCCCUUCACUUGGAAAGGGACCAGAUCCAAAUAACAGCUCAAAACCAAUACUCGACAAUUUACUAAACGCCAGCUACGGAGUCAAGAGUUCUCCUACUCUCUUCCCCAGAUUCUCGCCUAUCACCAUUGACAGCAUGACCAGCCUGGCCGGGGUCAACCUUACUGGUCCAACUGGAGCUGGCUGGUGCAUCUUUGUGUACAACCUGUCCCCCGAGGCGGACGAGAGCGUCCUGUGGCAGCUCUUUGGGCCUUUCGGUGCCGUCACCAAUGUCAAGGUCAUCCGUGACUUCACCACCAACAAAUGUAAGGGCUUUGGCUUUGUCACCAUGACCAACUACGAUGAAGCCGCCAUGGCCAUUGCUAGUCUUAAUGGCUACCGCCUGGGUGACCGCGUGCUGCAGGUUUCCUUCAAGACCAGCAAGCAGCACAAGGCCUGA